AUGUUGAAAGACCCGCUCUGGGAUUUCGAGAAACUGGGGAAUGGCAUACACCUCUACGAACCACCAGCUACAUCAACACCCUCCCUCCCUUCGAUCUCAGGUGCCGCCGCGUCCGAAGCACAGCCAACCCUGAUCAUCUGUUGUGUGUGGAUGUUUGCGGCAGCACGCCAUGCAGCCAAAUACUUCCACCAUUACCAACUCCUGUACCCGGAAGCACAGAUCCUCCUGCUGCAAAACAACAUCAUGAAUAUCACCAUCAGGCCGGACAGGCUCCAGAUACAAGCCAUGACUCCUGCGGUCGAGGCGGUCAAAGAAUCCAUCAGGAAGAAUCCACAUUCGCAUAUUCUCGUCCACGCCUUCUCCGGAGGAGGUUGCCACAGUGUCGUCCAGCUUGCACAAGCCUAUCGCGAGAACAUAGAGUCUGUGCCAGACGCCAGAGACUUGCCCCUCGAGAUUCCCAUUUCGGCAAUGGUGUUGGACUCGUCUCCUCCUCACGGGAGCCCACCUUUGCAGACGGCCGUGACGGCAUCCUUGUCAUUUCUUCCCAAGGCAAGUAUGAGUCAACGACUGCUAGCCACGCCGGUCGCAUGGGCCGUCAUCGGCAGUUGUGCCCUUCUCAACGACCUCGGAUUGGUCGAGUCGUCGCCCAGCAAGAUAUGGCGGUGUUUGAAUGAUCCCGAGGGCCCGUUCCUUUUCAACCAUGAUCACGUUGUGGAUAGACUUGGGUUCAAUCCAUCUAAAAGGACUAUCCCUCGGACGUACAUUUUCAGCAAGGACGAUCAACUUGUCCCUCACGAACAUAUCGUCCUCCACGCCGCCGAAGCCAGCAGCAAGUGUGAAGUAUUGGCAUCAGACGCCGACUCGAAAGAAUCGAUCCGUCUGGAAGAGUUCAUCGGCAGCGCACAUGUGAACCAUGUGUCGGUUGACGCCCAGAGAUAUUGGCAAUUGGUGAACGAUACUGUGGAAAAAGGGUUUGCGAUGGAUGAACAGACACAGAGAUUGAUGUCAACCGCUUGAUGUACAAGAUUAAUCCCAGAACUUCCUGAAGAAAUCGCCACCGUAGUCUGUUGAAUACCUCGAGGGUAGAUCAAUAUUUCUUUCAACGGCCGGUGUUUGUUGAAAGACACACGGUUCAAAGAUUUCUUGCGCAUCUACAUGAGGUUCUGUAAGACUAUGUACAACAG